AUGGAUGAUUCGCUCGGACCGCCUGUAGCGUCAGCUGAACCGGCCCUUCUACCGCCACGGACGCCUCUCCACGGCCGCUACACAUCUGUGGUUCCGCUACAGCCUGAGCACUGGCGAGCGAUAUACAAACAUCUUGGGGGAGAAGACAACGCCUGGAGAUGGAAGUACAUGCCGCUUGAGGGACUCCUUACCGAGGAGGCAUGUGAGUUAACGAUCAAGACUUGGUGCGCUUCAGCCGAUCCCCUAUACUACGCGGUACUUUCGGGUCCAGCUUCCGAUCCCGCUUCGGAGCCGGCAGGCAUCCUGUCAUACUUGUCGAUCGUUCCAACCCACCGUAGAAUUGAGAUUGGAUGGGUGAUUCUGGGCGACGCUCUGAAGCACUCCAGGGAGGCGACGGAGGCAUUUUUCUUGUUCAUGAAGCAUUCAUUUAUGGAUCUGGGAUAUCUACGUGUCGAAUGGAAGGCCAAUCAUCUAAAUGGGCCGAGCUUGGCAGCGGCUCGGCGACUGGGUUUUACGUACGAGGGAAUUUUCAGGUGA